GGACAGUCAUUGGAUUACGUUCCUGUCUGGCAGCGUAGUUCACCUUCCAACGCUCAAGCAACUUCAAAACAAUAUUCCAAUUCCCCCUCUUCAAUUCUGCUCUCUCCCUUAAUAAUAUAAUAUCCCUUCAGUCCAUGGCCAGUAUGGCCGCACAGGCCGUCGUCGAUGUCAAUCACAAUGUUGACUACUCGCUGAGUAGCUUACAGACCUCGGGAGAUAUCUUGAUACAGCCCGAUCCCCAAGUCUACAAUCAGCCUGCACCCGACGCCCUUCUGUUCAUAUUGCCUUUGCUCAUCGUGCUUUCAACGUUUCUUUUCAUUCUCUUGCUUUUCCUAGUAUGUGUCAUAUUCGUUCGUAGACGACGUGGUAUCGUCCUGCGAGACAGCGAUGGUCCUACCGAUAUGAGUCGAGAGGAACUUAUAGACGGAGAAGGUGGCUUUGAAGGCAUCGAGUCUCGCUGGCUCGAGAGUGUUUCUGAAGUUGUUCGGCGCUCAUAUCUCAGAGCAAAAGAGUACCAAUUGCAAUAUGCUCCAAACUCGGAGCCCACAGAUAUCACACUAUCCCAAUUCCUCUCCAUCCAGGAGAAGGGAGUCUCCGCAUGGUCCUUCGAGCCCGACUACGAAACUAUCAAUUCACUUCUUGUUCAUGCUCGCACGGAAAUUACCUUCCUUCCCGAUCCUGCAUCUGCCUCAUGCGUGCAGUCGAAUUUACCCCUCCCCAAAUUGAACGAGGUUUACUAUUGGGAGGUCAAGAUGUUUGAUCUCCCUGAAACCACUACAGUUGCCGUUGGGCUGGCUACCAAACCGUACCCACCUUUCCGACUUCCUGGUCAGAAUCCUUUCUCUGUCGCCUACCAUUCCACCGGUGACAAGUGUUACAAUUAUCCCUUCACCGCAUCGCCAUUCGGACCCGUGCUCAAAGAAGGCGAUGUUCUAGGCAUCGGUUAUCGUCCUCGCACAGGAACCGUGUUUUUCACCAGAAACGGUCGUAAGAUGGAAGAUGCUUUCAUCGGCCUCAGUCGUUACAAUCUAUUUCCCACGAUCGGGGGAGACGGCCCAUGCAGUGUCCAUGUCAACCUUGGUCAAGCUGGUUUCGUCUUUAUCGAGGCAAACGUGAAGAAGUGGGGUUUAGCACCCACCGUGGGAACUCUUGCUCCUCCACCUGCAUAUGGGAGCGAACGAGGUAGCAUUUUAUUGGACGUUGGGGGUGGCGUACGACCUAUCGCACCAAUUAUUUCUCCGCCAAGCACUUCUUCCACGCCCCGCAGACGCUCUCACCGCUCCCGGAGACCAAGCAAUCCACUAUCGGUGUCAUCUGUUCCCGUUUCUUCCCCACUUAGAGGCGCUCCCAUAUCAUCAUAUGCCGGGGAGCCUAGUACUCCUCCCCCACCAAUCACACCUAUCGUUGAAGAGCCUGAGUGUGCGGGCCCCUCAACUGGCCAAGGGUAUUUGUCUCCAACGGAUUUACCCUUCCACACUCCACCAGACCACAGCCUUCCUUUGUAUCCUACGCCAGAAGGCGACAGCGAGCAGGAGGGUGGAGAAGACACUCCUUCCCAGUCGCCUACCUCCUCUCGUUCACAAUCGCCGGAAAGCGAAGGUGCCGCAGGUGCGAGCAGCCUUUUUAGUAUCCCUCGCUUCCGGCGCGAAUCUUUCACUCACUUCCUGGCCGCGAUGCAACACGCAGGUUCAGACUUGACCAUUCAGGUGCAUCCGCCCCCCGAUUCGCCCCGUUCGCCAAAUCCACCCACGCCCAAUCAACGUGACAUUCACCUGCAGGCUUUCACUAGCUCUGCGUCGACACUGAGAGAAGGAUCGGAUGAUGCGUUGGAAGCGGCAUCUCCGACGUUUAUGAGACGUGAUCCCCCUGCGUAUUCACCUCUGGAUGCAUUCACGUAUGCGGAGGGCGUUCAUAUUGACUUACCUGCCGAUGUGAUUGCUGCAGCUUUGGAAGGGGGUAGCAUUCCUGCUAGUGCAAUUGGCCAGGGGAACAGCGACCGGUCGGAGAGGCGUCGGAGCCGACGAGACAGACGGUGACAUACGAGGUUGUUUAUGAUUGGAUUAUGAUGUAUCAUUUGCCCUGUGCAAUGCUCUGUAAAUUCGUUGCGAAUGUCCAUCUGUGCUCUACAUUUACUACCCACAUAUUUCAUGUAUUACAUGGACGCUUCUCGCUUCCACUUCACAAUUUAAUUCGAUACAACACUCAGCAUAUGGGGUAGGGUGACU